UCAACAGGGCCACUUAUACUACCAAUGAAAUGUAAUUAAACUUUAUGCAUCUGUAUAGAACAAAAAUUAGUCACAACUGUUAAAGAACCUAUGAAGUAGCUUUGACUUAGGAUGCAUCAUGGACUGAAAUCACUCUAGAUAAGUUUUUACAACACGGAUAUAUUUAACAAAACUUGAAUAAAAGUAAAUAUCGCCUGGUUUAUUCACAACUUGAACCUAACCAAGAAUACAACAAUGUACCAGUCUCGUACUUCGCGGCUGCUGGUCCUUCUAUCAUCACUCGAACUUCUUAGUUCUAUCGAUGCACAGCUCAAUAACGACCGUCCCACGCUAGACCUAGACUUUAUCAACGACGCCCUUCUUCAGCAGCAUGAAGAGUUGUGCCACUUCGAGUGGUUGACCCUUGAAAACAGAAUAGAUACGCUCAGGUCUCUGUUGUUUGAAGCUCCUCUGGUCUACAGCAACAAGUACUACGUCAUCUCCAAGUUUCCUCACAAUGAUUCAGUUGAAGCCAUGGUAUACUGUCAAGCUUUCGGCGGCUACCUGGCGGAAGUGGAUGACAACGACGAGUUCAACAAACUUCAGCAAUUUUUUCUGAACUCAUCUCUUGUCGAUUUGGUGUUGAUCGCUGGAUCUGACGAGUUAAAAGAGGAAACCUGGAAAUUUCAGCGCACUGGCGUAGCUCUACCAUUUAAGAGCUGGGCCCCAAAAGAGCCAAAUAAUAAGGAAGGAAAAGAACAUUGUUUAUGUUUGGAUAGGGGUAAAGGUGGUGAAAUGAACGAUAUAACCUGCAGUUUUGUACGAAUAGCGAGGUUUAUGUGUGAACUACCUGAUUCUACAUAAUAAACAGCUCAUAGAACACGUAUCAAGACUUUCCUCCUUUUAAUCUGUAUUCCUAUUGAUAGACUUUCUUUUUUUCUGCUGUCCAGCUCGUUUACUGAUAAAAUUUAAGCUUUUUCUGCAGUCUUUGCAAAGGAAAUGUAGUGUACUGUUUUUAUAAUACCUCUAUGCAAGUCACAAUAUCAUGGAGGAACCUGGUGGAACCUGGGUGGGUGGAAUCUGGACACAAAUCUCAAAAAUGUCUGUAAUGAUUUUCCUAGAUAUUAAACAGUUAAUGUGUAUCGUAUCGUUGGGUUUUUGGGGCCCGGGGGAAUUGACCUCUUGGGGGCCCCUUGCAUUUUGACAUUAGACAUCAUGACAUGAAAUAAUCUACUUACUAAAUAUAUAGAACUACAUUGAAAUUGGUACAUAUAUCAGUAAAAUUAACAGGAAGUAAUCAUUAAGAAUCUUUAAAGAAUAAUACCGUUGUUUAUUGACGAAAUAAUGCACAAGUGACAAAUCUCAUUUCAUAUUGCUUCAAGUCGUGCUUUCUGUGCAGCAAAGUCAUCUAUAACUUCAUCUACUUUCGUUUUACCGUUUCAAGUGUUUCGAAGGAUGAAAAGAAAGAAAUUUUAAUAUCGCAAAAGAACCAAAAAAUAUUUAUCUUGAACGGACUAAAAGUCUUGGGGUAUUUCCUCAUAUACGCAUUAUUCAUUCAAGACUUGAAUACCUAAAUAUUAAAAUUUAGGGUAUCGUAAGCUAACUUUCGGGGUUAGGUGGCCAAUUGCUAAAGUACUUGGCUUCCCAACCGGGAGAUCGCGAGUUUAAAUCUAGAAGAGACAGGGAUUGUAAUUUUGGGAUUAUUAGGGCUCUAUGGUCCAAUUUUAUUUGAGGACCGGUGGGACGUGCGGGGUGGGAGGGGGUAUCUGAAAGAAGGUUUUCCGUGCUGACUUUAGGCGCUCAGUAAACUUAACUCGAGCCCUCUUCAUAGGUAGCCAAGACAAAAUCAAGCGUACUAAACCUCUCGACCACGCUUCCCAAUCGUUACACAAAAUUAUCUUACUGUUUAGUUGGUUUAACGUGUUAGUAUAAAACGAGUACAAAAUUACACAUGAAUAUUUAGCCAAAUUUGACUAACCUUUUUUUAUGAUGCAUGGAGAGUUGCUGUAGAUGCCCAACCUUCUGUUUUCAUUUUCUAUUUUAUAAUAAUUCUCGUUCAUUGAAGACUCACUAUAAGAAUGUAUAAAAAAAAAUCAAA